CGUGGGGGAAGCAGCGGCGGCCGCAGCGGCAGCCGCCUCUCCGCCACCGGGACGCCGAGGCGCGGCUGGCGGCGCUGACAUCCGCGGCCCUGCCUCUCCUCCCUCGCCCCCGGCCCUCCCCAUGUGAUCGGUCUUAAUCCCGGCCGUGUGCGCGCGUGGGGGCUCUCCAUUGCGCGGCGCCCGGUGUCGGUGCCGGGGUGGGUUGCUCGCGUGCGCUUCUCCUCCCCAUCCCCCGCCCCGUCCCCAAGAAUAAAAGAAGAACCGGGAGGCGUGCUCAGAAAAUAAAUAAAUAACCAGCACACACGCGCAGCCCGGAGCGAGGCGGCGGGGCUGGCGGCGGCGGCGGCGGCGGAGGAGGAGUGAAGGCGGCGGCGGCGGAGGAGGGACGCGCGGAGCCGGCAGUAACUUUCGAGCCAGCCCAGAGCCCGGAGCUCCAGCCGAGCGGUUUGCAGCGCGGCGGCGGCGGCGGCGCUGAGUGUCUGGCCCGCCGGUGCGGUCGGGGUGUGCAGUCGGACGGGACGAGCAGCGCGUCGCUGUGCCCCCCCUCCCGGCGGCUGGAGAUGUCCGAGCCCAAGGCGAUUGAUCCCAAGUUGUCGACGACCGACAGGGUGGUGAAAGCCGUUCCAUUUCCGCCAAGUCACCGGCUGACAGCAAAGGAAGUGUUUGAUAAUGAUGGGAAACCUCGAGUGGAUAUCUUAAAAGCACAUCUCAUGAAGGAGGGCAGGCUGGAAGAAAGUGUCGCAUUGAGAAUAAUAACAGAGGGUGCUUCGAUUCUUCGACAGGAAAAAAACUUGCUGGAUAUUGAUGCCCCUGUCACAGUUUGCGGAGACAUUCAUGGACAGUUCUUUGACUUGAUGAAGCUCUUUGAAGUAGGAGGAUCUCCUGCCAACACUCGCUACCUCUUCUUGGGGGACUACGUUGACAGAGGGUACUUCAGCAUCGAAUGUGUGCUGUAUUUGUGGGCCUUGAAAAUUCUUUACCCCAAAACACUGUUUUUACUUCGUGGAAAUCAUGAAUGUAGACAUCUAACAGAGUAUUUCACAUUUAAACAAGAAUGUAAAAUAAAAUAUUCAGAACGAGUUUAUGAUGCCUGUAUGGAUGCCUUCGACUGCCUUCCCCUGGCCGCGCUGAUGAACCAACAGUUCCUGUGUGUACAUGGUGGUUUGUCUCCAGAGAUUAACACUCUAGAUGACAUCAGAAAAUUAGACCGAUUCAAAGAACCACCUGCUUACGGGCCCAUGUGUGACAUCCUGUGGUCGGACCCCCUGGAGGACUUUGGGAAUGAGAAGACUCAGGAGCAUUUCACUCACAACACAGUCAGGGGGUGUUCGUACUUCUACAGUUACCCGGCUGUAUGCGACUUCCUGCAACACAAUAACUUGUUGUCCAUCCUCCGAGCCCACGAAGCCCAGGAUGCAGGGUACCGCAUGUACAGGAAAAGCCAAACAACAGGCUUCCCUUCUCUAAUUACCAUUUUCUCCGCACCAAAUUACUUAGAUGUGUACAAUAACAAAGCUGCGGUGUUGAAGUACGAGAACAACGUGAUGAACAUCAGGCAGUUCAACUGUUCUCCCCAUCCAUACUGGCUCCCAAAUUUCAUGGAUGUUUUCACCUGGUCGCUGCCAUUUGUCGGGGAGAAAGUGACUGAAAUGCUGGUGAAUGUCCUCAACAUCUGCUCAGACGAUGAGCUGGGGUCGGAGGAAGAUGGAUUUGACGGAGCCACGGCCGCAGCCCGGAAGGAGGUCAUCAGGAACAAGAUCCGAGCGAUAGGCAAAAUGGCCAGAGUGUUCUCGGUUCUCAGAGAAGAGAGUGAGAGUGUGCUGACCCUGAAGGGCCUGACCCCGACAGGCAUGCUCCCCAGCGGAGUGCUUUCUGGAGGGAAGCAAACCCUGCAAAGCGCUACUGUUGAGGCUAUUGAGGCUGAUGAAGCUAUCAAAGGAUUUUCUCCACAACAUAAGAUCACUAGCUUCGAGGAGGCCAAGGGCUUAGACCGAAUUAAUGAGAGGAUGCCGCCUCGCAGAGACGCCAUGCCCUCCGACGCCAACCUUAACUCCAUCAACAAGGCUCUCGCCUCAGAGACUAACGGCACGGACAGCAAUGGCAGUAAUAGCAGCAAUAUUCAGUGACCACUUCCUGUUCCCUUUUUUUUUUUUUUUUUUUUUUUGAGCUGCAGGGCAUGAUGAGAUUGCUGCAUCUCGGCAGUUGGAUGUUCUUGCCCCUGAUGGUAGCUUGUUUGCUCUGGGGGCCAGGAAUUGGAUUCAGUUUACACUAUCAUGAAAAACAGAGGGAGAGAGAUAAUAAACUAUAUUUUGGUGAGGGCGGUGAUUAAACACCUCUUUUGGGUAUGCCUUUAAAAAAAUGCUUCUAGGAAAAAAAGUUUUAAAAAGAAAGCUAAUGCUAGUCUAUACUGCAAUGUUAGGGGAAUGAACAUGUUUUCCUACUGCACUGGGGACUUCUAGAUAGCUUAAUGAAAGGCCUUUUAUUCUGUUACUGGACACGAAAACUUUGUCUAAUUUCUUAUACUCUAUUGUACGUUUACAGUUGCAGCACUAAAAAUGGAUGACAUCUAACAUUUUUAACAAAAAAAAAGAUGUACAAACUAAAUAAGGACUAUUUAUUGAUAAUGUUUUGCUACUCUUGUCAGACAAUGGCUAUAAAGUGAAUUAGGCAGUCUUAAGAAAAACAAAAAAAAAACUUGGAAAAAAAAAAGAAUGUUGCAAAUUUGUUAAAAUGCCAAAAAAAAAAAAAGAGGACAGUUUAAUUUUUGUAUAGAUCAUGCUUACCUCAGGUUCCUUUAGUUUGCUUGAAUGCCCUUCUUUCCCAUAGAACACUUACUAAUUUGGCAGUGAAUACAUUUUCUUUAAGUUAAAAAAAAAACUGGAAUAAUUACACCCAUCUUUUUUGCUGUUUAUAUUUAGGGGUUUUGUUGAUAAAUCAAGUCUUGGUUGUGGCUUGCUGAAUUCAAUAUUUAUGAGUGGUGCAUUUUUAAGUAUAGUGAACACGACACCAUAGUGCAGUGAUGAAGCAUCUAUAUUCUGUAAAAAACAAAAACAAAAAAAAAAUCUGCCUAUGCAUGUUUUUUAAGAAAAAAAUAAAAUAAAAUGGCUGUAUCGGCCUGUAUGGGACUGUAAUGCGCUUAGUGGUCUGACAUAUACUGGAAAUGUAUGUAUACUGGCGUACUUUAUAUUCUCUAAAAUGCUUAAUGCCUUUGAAAUUUUGUAAUCAAAAAAAGCUUUGAAAAAAUCUAAAGGGGAGAGUAUUCUUAAAAGUUUUUAACAUAAGCUUGUCAGUGCACACAUAGAUGGUUGGCAUGUUUAGCAAACUUUGUGAAAUUUAAAUAAGUUUGUAGUUACAUGUGAAACUCUAAAUGCAUGGUAACCGUUAAUGUCAUAACAGUUUAGUUAUUUCGUUCUGUUCUGUCAUGUGCCACAAACUAUGUACUUUUUUUCACUUUUUUUCCCCUUUGUAUAUUAGUUACGGGUUACAACUGGUUCAUUCUGAAAACAACAAAAAAACAACAAAAGUCCAUUCAUAUUUUUUAACAAUUGUAUAAGUGCCCAAGUCAUUCACUACAGCCUAAAGCCUUGCCUUUGUAAUUUGACUUCUGAAAUGUUGGCAAUCAGAGCAUGCACCUGUAACAAUGACAAAGAAAAAGCAUUUUAUAUUACUACUCAAUAAAAUGUGCAUGAACUUAAAAAAA